UGGGGAUGAAAGCAGCUGUCAGCCCUGCUGGCUUAAUGAGACAGACAUAAUCUGACCAGGAGAAGCAGCAUGACAAGGUUUGGGCCUCAGCUCUGAACAAGUUCCCUGCAUUUAUAAUCUGCUGAGAACGUUACGCAUGGAAACAGGCCAAAGUCGGCCCAACUGAGCUGAAGGUGGACGUGGAGACUCGGUGGAGGGUGGAGCGCAGAGGCAUCUUCACAGGUCUUGCCCUCAAGUGUUGAGCAUCUAUUUCUGCAAGUAUGAAUCCAGUGUGGAAGGUUUAUAAAAGCAAAGUGCUGAAGACUAUUAAUCCUGAAUAUGAGGAGGACACUGCCGAGGAGGUCACAGAGGUGGAGAACGAUAUGAGUCCAGUGCAGGAGGAUGAGGGGCCCAAUGCUGUCUCCCAGCUGGCCAGGAAAAUGCAGGGGGCAGGAGCUAAAAGCUGGAAUCGGCUAUCGGCGCUCUUCAACAAAGAUGAUGAACACCAGCUCCUAGAGGAGACUGAGUGCCCCCCUGUCGCUGACCAUCCGCUUGCAGCAAAGCCCGAGGAGCCUCCGCGACCCACCAGGCGCACGGGAUUCUGGGAUAGCUUCGCGUCCAACUGGGCAGCCAAGAAACAGGCCGAAGCUGCUGCGGCCGCCGCCGCCGCUGCUGCUGAGAACGAGGCAGCAACAGGGGAAGGUGAGGAAGGGGUGAUAGAGGCUGGAGGGGCGGAAAGUCAGCAGGAUGGGCAGGUCACUGAGGGAGAGCAGAGUGAAGGGGGAGGAAGGAGCAACAAUAGCUUCUCCAAGUACGUCUCGCUGGGAGGAGGCAACGAGGAUGCGUCUUUCAAAUGGAACUUUGUUACCAGCAAGCUGGCAGAGCUGAAGACCAAGACCAAUUAGAAACAUGGUGGAGGAGAAAGUAAAAGAAAAUAAACAACAUGAGGAGGGUGGUAGAUGUAGGAGGAGGGUAAAUUUCGCAAAGGAUAUCCUGUAACUAAACUGGCGCCUCUUGAAGUCCCUCUGUAUUGUCAGCUAUUAUACGCUCCAGAAAACGUGUGUUCACAGCCACAUUACUACAUGAGACAUAAAAAGAAAAUCAGUGUUCUUGUUUAUUUAUUUUUUUGUAAUCUUUGGUUCCCCAUUACUUAAAGGUCAGUCUAUUUAUGUAAGAGUAAAGAAGUAUAGGUCAUAGGUGACACCUAACAAAGAGAGCUUUCCAUUUCUCUGCCUGCACAGAGCCAGAGGUAGUGUUUAUAUCCCGGACCAGUGAUUGAACUCCAACCACUACUACUUAUGAAAAAAACUUUUAAAGUUGCCUGUAUUAAAAGUCACUAUGCUAAUUUAAUAAAUUCUGAAUUAUUUCUUGGAGAUGAGGUGGGCACCCAGACCUGAGUUGUCUCUUUACCAUCUAACCCCGCAGCACAGAGAAUGCAGUAAGGCAGAAUUUUGGUGACGACCACACUGGUUUAGGCAGCACACGGCAGUGUUUUGUUUUUGCAGUUGUAUGACUACACUUACUUCCCUAAAGUGCUUCUUUCACCACGAACAUGUGCCUCCACACCUGUCAGCAAACUUGAUCUAAUCUGUAGUUUAACAAAAACCGGAUUAAGAGAUUAGAGGCAGUGAUAGCAGGAUUAGACAGGGAUUAUCUCACUUAACCUGUUCAGAGGCCAGCGGAUUAUAGAAAGGUAAUUUGGCAGUGUGAUGUAGAUACUACAUAAUCUUUCGAGUUUCCCUUAAACGUCAGGAAUGCAAAAUGUGGAGCACAUUUAUUUGACACGUAUGCACGCCUGGUGAGAUAAAGCCGGUGAAACCGAUGACUUGGAUUUUGUGAUUGUGA